UUUUUCUUCUUCCCUUUUCUUUGUCGUUUGCAUCUGAAUUCGCCUCAAAAUGCUUACUUUAGCGACAAUCUUUGGUUUACUAGGUAACAUCACCACUGGUCUGGUUUACCUUGCACCAGUGAACACAUUCUGGCACAUCGUACAAAUUGGAUCGACCGAAGAAUUCGAUAGUCUUCCGUAUGUUGUGAAAUUAUUAAACGGAUACAUGUGGGUGUAUUAUGGAGUUGUGAAGCCUAACAGUGUUCUCGUUGCCACUGUUAAUGGCUUUGGUGCUUUACUCGAACUUGUAUAUGUCAUCAUAUUCCUAAUAUUUGCACCUCCAAGAAUGAGAGCCAUGACCGCCAUACUUUUUGGUACUUUGGAUGUGGUGUUCCCAAUAGCAACCGUUGUGAUAACUCAGAUGUCAUGUAAUAGAGAAACGCAGAUCAGUAUUGCAGGAUUCUUGUCUUUGCUUUUCAGUGUUGUUACCUAUGCUUCACCUCUCUCUAUCAUGAAAACAGUGGUGACAACAAAGAGUGUAGAGUACAUGCCUUUCCUCUUAUCUUUCAUCCUUUUCAUCAAUGGAUUAGUUUGGACAGUGUAUGCUGUGAUUACUCGAGACUGGUUUAUCGGAAUACCAAUGGGAGUGGAUUUGUUUUUGGAACAGCUCAGUUGGUGCUGUAUGCAAUGUAUUGGAAACCUAAGAAAUCAAAGAGGACGACGUUCGAUCAUGUGGUGGAAGACGGAUGCCCAACUGAGCAUCUCCUGGACCAUUCUGCUCCAUUGCUACACAAAUAUGAGAGCAGAGCUGUGGCCUAAUAUCACUUUGCUCCGUAAGGAAAAAUAACAAAUAAAAGCAAACGAUGCAAAACAUUCGCGUUUUUCGACUAUUCGAUCAAAUAAUAUCCGUCAAUUC